AUGAGGGAGGGGACGGCGACCAUCUCGGAUCCGAUGCUCAUCGCGGACUACGAGCUGCAGCUGGACGUCAUCGCGUCGUGUAAGAAGCGCGUGAUCGACGCGCAGAAGCGGAUCAAGGCGCUGAAGGAGACGGCGGAGACGCCGCGCCGGCGGCCGGGGUCGACGGCGAAGGCGACGGCGUGA